UGCCCCGGGGGCCGAGACGAGCCUCCCCUGCUGCUCCGAGAGCGGAGCCGAGCUUCUCCCGCCAGCCAGGGGGCCGGGCCGUGCCGUGCCUGCUCUGCUCCCCGGCCCGGGGGCCGCGCCGAGCCUCCCCCCGGCCCGCCCCGCCUCCCCGCUCGCUCCGGCCGUGUCCCCCCGCAGGCUCCCUGGGCCAGGCCCGCGGUCCCCCCCGGCCCAGCCAUGUCGCUGCACGGGAAGCGGAAGGAGAUCUACAAAUAUGAGGCGCCCUGGACCGUGUACGCCAUGAACUGGAGCGUCCGGCCCGACAAGCGGUUCCGCCUGGCGCUGGGCAGCUUCGUAGAGGAGUACAACAACAAGGUGCAGCUUGUUGGUUUGGAUGAAGAGAGCUCAGAAUUCAUUUGCAGGAACACCUUUGAUCACCCCUACCCCACCACAAAGCUGAUGUGGAUUCCAGACACCAAGGGAGUCUACCCAGACCUGUUGGCCACCAGUGGUGACUACCUGCGAGUGUGGAGAGUGGGUGAAACCGAGACCCGGCUGGAGUGUUUGCUGAACAACAACAAGAACUCAGAUUUCUGUGCUCCACUGACAUCAUUUGACUGGAAUGAAGUGGAUCCUUACCUGUUAGGUACCUCUAGUAUUGACACAACCUGCACUAUUUGGGGUCUGGAGACAGGACAGGUUCUGGGAAGAGUAAAUUUGGUGUCUGGCCAUGUGAAGACCCAGCUUAUUGCACAUGACAAAGAGGUGUACGACAUCGCCUUCAGCCGCGCGGGCGGCGGCCGGGACAUGUUUGCAUCAGUGGGCGCGGACGGCUCGGUGAGGAUGUUCGACCUGCGCCACCUGGAGCACAGCACCAUCAUCUACGAGGACCCCCAGCACCAUCCCCUGCUGCGCCUCUGCUGGAACAAGCAGGACCCCAACUACCUGGCCACGAUGGCCAUGGACGGCAUGGAGGUUGUGAUUCUAGAUGUCAGAGUUCCUUGCACCCCUGUUGCCAGGUUAAACAACCACAGAGCAUGUGUAAAUGGAAUUGCCUGGGCACCUCACUCUUCCUGCCACAUCUGUACAGCAGCGGAUGAUCACCAGGCUCUCAUCUGGGACAUCCAGCAAAUGCCUCGUGCCAUUGAGGACCCGAUCCUGGCCUACACAGCCGAGGGAGAGAUCAACAAUGUACAGUGGGCAUCCACCCAGCCAGACUGGAUAGCCAUCUGCUACAACAACUGCCUGGAGAUCCUCAGAGUCUAACUUUGCUGCUUCAUGCACAGUGAGGCAGGGCUGUGUCAUUCCCCCUCCUCUCUAAAGUAAGAACACCACCAGUCAAGUGGCCAGUAUCUGUUGUUGCUUUGCAUCUACUUUUACAAGAAACUGUUACAAGAAUGGAUGGCAGGGGUCUCCAGUCUCUCAAGACUCUAAAAUGCAGAGACAUGCUGAGCCUCUUGGACCUUCUGGGUUCUGGUUUUCUUGUGAAGUUCUUUUUCCCUCAGUAAAAGUUCUGUAUAUUUGUUUGUUGACUGUAUUAAUAAGCUUGCCGGCUUUUAAGUUGCUGCAUAUGUCUGUGUGUUUGUCAGCCAGCUGAGGCAGCACAUCCACCAGUUUAAUAGAUGCAGGUGCAAAACAAGGUGGGGGGGAAAAGACAAUGAUGUUAACGGCCACCUUGGCAGGAAUCCUUCUCGUUCCUGUUGUUGCCGCCUCUAAACUGUUUAAACGUUUGUAUGUUUUUUAUAUAUUGGGCUAACUUUCUAUUGAGUAAGGUUUUUCUCCCAAAUUCUUACUUUUGAUAUGUGAUCCACUUCCAUAUGUCCAAAGCAGGACCUGUUCAUGGAUACAAACCACAGUAACACUGCAGGCUGGCUGCCAGUAAAGGCCUGCCAGAAUUAACUGUUGCCUUGGCUCCCUGUAUCUGGUGACCUGGGCAGAAUUUCCUGGUGCUGUGAAGUACAAGUACUUGUUGCACAAUUUCUUUACACUUUUCUGAUGCUCAAGGCAGUUGUUACUAUGGUAGGUCUUAUUUUUAAAUUCUAACUGAGUUUGUGUGUGUCCUGCAGCCGUGUUAGCAAACACAGCUAACAGGUGAUAGGUUGAGAAAGAAGAUCCGCACACGACAUGAGCUCCCGGGAGGUAAAUGACUCCUGAAGAAAUGUACUUGUAAUGGACUUGGGAUUGGCACUUCCAAUCAAAUGAUUUCCCCUCAGAAGACUUACCUUAUCUAAAUUAAAAUAAAAUGGUUUCACCCUUUGUAGCUUGCUUGAUUGGCAAAUAAUAUGAGCAAGAUUUUGUGGUUAGGGUGUACUUUGGAGGUUGUGUUUGGCCUGUGUUCCUGGGAGGUCCUGAAAGGAGUGCAAAGCAAUCUUUUUGUGAAGUGUAUUUGCUUUGUACUGGCAGGUUUUCUUGAAUGAAUGAGACAAGUCAGAAAAGUUGGUCUGCUACCCAAAAAUAGGGUUUUUUGAAGAAAUCACUCCGUAAUGCGAUGCACAAAGGUGGAUUUAGAAGGAAAGCAGCUGUGCUGUUGAGGCCAAGGUUUGACAUUUGUCAUCCUCCUGAUUUGGGGGAUGUGCCAGAGGGCUUCUGUUUGGAACAGUGGAUCAGUCUACAGUAAUACUGCUCAGUGAAAGCUGAGUGGAUUAGGCAAGAUAAAAAUGUUUGAAGUCUUCCACUAACAUGGGUCCUGUGCUGAAGGCUCUGCAGUGUUCUCCAAUGAGGACAUGACAGCCAGACCUGCUCUGGAAGAGUGUGCAGCCCAGUUUCCAUGUAAGUGUCAGACACCAUGAAAAUUCUUUCCACCUAAUGAGUAUUCACCUGCAACUGGAGGCAGAUUAUAAAUAGUAGGACACUGGCAAACUUGCAUUUUAUCUGUCAGUUUAUGCAGGAAAGGCAAGCUGGGAAAGCAAAUGCUGUGGAACAGUGAAGCUGACACUGAGAACACUGUCAAAUACAGAACAGAAUCUGCAAAGUUUUGUCAUUCUGAACAUAGAGAUAUACUCUUCUGCAGGCUGCUUCUCAUCAUGGAGCUCAGAAAAGCAUUGCCUCAGGAAUUUGAUAGGAAUUCAUUAGGGACAGCUGUAUUCCAUCAUUCCUUUUGAUAGCAGAGAACCAAGAGACUAACACUGUUCAAGCUGAUGCUUUGUCAAUGACACUCUGUUCAAUUGUGAGAUUUCUGACAAACCUUGAUUUGACUUGAAGGUCAAUUUUUCUUAUUAGCAGCAGUAUUGAGGGUAGUGUGUACAAUAGACAGGUUUUAGCUAGAUGUCAGAGCAGUGUUAGGCAAACAAUUAGUUGCCACUUCUUACAAUAGCACUUUGUCUGAAACUGGAAAAAACCUAGGUAGAAUGAAGUGAAAAUUGGGGCUUUCUUAGCAGGAGUGGCUAAUGGCAUUCACAGCUUAAGGAGCCAUCUGAAAUGCAUUCACAGGCUUGUCAUGCUCUGUUUAAUUACAAAUGGCAGGCAAAACGUGCUGUUACUAAGAGGGAACUACCUGCAAUGUUAGUACUUUCCAUGGCCCCUUUUUGCUUCAAAGUUUACUCCUGCGCAGAUGGCAUGAGUCAAAAAUGAAUGCUAAGAUGAUGAGAAGAGAGCUUGUAUAAAGGGACUCUUGGUCUGAAUAGCCAGAUAGAUUCUGCUUCUGUUGGGAAACAAUCCUGUUAGGGACUUGAAGAGGAUCCAGUGUCAUUCUUCCAUCCAUGAAACUGAUGGAAGUCUAUUUGUGGAAUUGUGUACUUAUUCCAAAGGCAUCAAAGGCAAGUGAAGGCAUCUUGGAGGCUCCAGUAGAUUCUAAAUAAAGUCUAUAUCCUGUUUUUUUUUAGCCAGUUGGAUACCUUCUGGAUCUACAGCAUAUUGCUUUGGGCAUAAUCCAUUGUCGUUCUUCACAUGAAACUACAUUUUAAAUUACUAGAGACUGUUUUGGCACAGGGAAUGAUACUUAAAAUAACUUCAAAUAUGUCACUUGAAAGGUUAAUGAGUGAAAAAUGUGGAAAUCCUCAUGGCUGAGACAUUCUGUAGUGCAAAUGGCACUUCUGUAGACAAGGAAGGGAAGAAGGACUUUGGUGCUCUUUUGGCAGUGGCUGCUGAACCCAGUGUGAAGGAAGGGAAUGCUCUGCUUGGUGGGCCAGGUUCAUCUGCAAGAUCAAACAAGCCCUGACCCUUGUCACUGGAACCUGUGAAUUGAAAUACACAGUUUUUCAUAUUUCCCCUGCUUGACGCUCAGUUUUCUUGAGUGUAAAGCCCCAGUGAGCAUUAUUUGUCCCCAAAGUUCAUGAAAAUAAAUACUUUGAUAUUAAAUUUCCAUUAUGUGGUGCUAACAUUAAGGGAAGAGAGAGCACAGGUGAGGUGAGCAAAGCAGAAAAGCAUGUGCUGUUGUUGGUACAGGCCAGCCUGAUUCUGGGACAGAAAUACUUCUGAGUUAGAUAGUUCUGUAUCACUUCUCCAGUUGAUGCAUUCAUGUGAAUUCAUAUGUUCUGUUUAAAUCAAGCUUUCCACAGUUUCCCACUAUUAUGUGGGCAACCUGCUGACUCUCAGCCAGGAGAUGUUGACGAUGUAAAACUUGUUAGUGAGGUGAAAACCUCCAGUUAACAAGUUCAAUGUUGAAUUAGUGUGUAGUGUGCCAACUCUAUUAAUUGUCUAAAUGAGAGGGGCUACGGUAGCUUGCAUCUAUGGGAAUUGUAUUUGUGUGUGCAGGGAUUUAAAAGGCAAGGAUUUGAGUGCUUUGACAAUCUAUUUAGAAAGAAAAAACAGUGGUUUCAAAUAAUAGGAAAGGAGGCUGCCAAACCAGUUUGUUUUAUAUGGAACCUUGAAAUGUAUUUAACAGGGGAAGCAUUGCCUCUCAUAAGUCAAAGUUAAUGAUCCUUUCAAAACUUAGCAGUAAUUACUCUACUGAAUGUUCUGGAUAAUAGUGAAAGCUCUAUUUUUUGCCUCAUGGUGCAAUGAGAAGCUGCCUCAGUCUCAAGUGUAGAUCAUAGCCUGCCAGAGAGCAGGUGAGGGGAGGAGUCUGAUGCACAGAAUUCACAGAUGUUCUCAUGCUUGUUACUGGAAAUAAGGAGCUGAGUGUGUCCGUUUUGUUCUCUUGCAGAUGGCACUUUAACAAGUAUAUUUUUGGUAAGAUUAGGAGGAGAAACAUCUUUUCCUCGACCCUUGUAGGGUAGGCAUUUGUCUGUGUUGUGUAGAAAAUGUUAAAUAAUGACCGUCACCAAAAUCCUAAACUGGGGACAUAGUGGACCCUCACUUGUUCUUACUGAAAGCCAAAAGCAUGAGCACUUGACAAGGCUGUAAAUGUUGAACUGAAGCUUCAUGUUCUGGAUCUGACACUGUCCUGUAAAGCCAGCCCAGGGGAUGUCCCCCAGAGUCUCCUUUUUGUUUAGGAGCUUUAGUGGUGUUUGGAAUCCUCUUCAUUAACAGCAGAACAUGAUGGUGGCAGUGCUGGGUUGGUUGUGUGGGGAUGUGCCUGGAUUCUUUGGAUAACUUGAAUUUUGUGAGAGAAAAACUGCAGCUGCUGCCUGUAAAACAUUGAAACAUUGAACUGGCAGUUUGUUAGUGGUGUUUUAACUCUUUCCAGAACCACUGGAGAGAAAGGACAGCAGCACAGGCAAGCUCUGGGCUCAGCAGGCUGCACAGUUUCAGUCCCAUCAAAGUUCUAAAGGGUUGGGUUUCCCCACUGCUCGUAGCAAAGUGGUUCCACCACCUCAAAUGCACACUGUUAUCCUGCCAGGUAACACAAAUUCUCUCUAACAUGUGUUUCCUGCUUUCUACUCUCAGACCAAUAUUCCAGAGCAAGCCUGUACUUUUUACUGUUCUGUAAUUGUAUGUGGCACUUCAAGAGCACUUUCUGAUGCAGCUGUACGUCCCCUGCUUACCCAAGAAGAGUCAGAAGUGUUUCAUUCUUGAGGGUAUUGAGGAGAGUUUAAGAUGCCCCUGACUCAGUUUGUUUUCUGGAAGAGAUCUCCAGAACUUCCAGUCAGCACCUUUCAUCAGCAGUAAAAAGAACUUUAAUUUAAAAUGCAGCUAAAUACCAGUCACUGAAGGCUCAUCUGGUGAUACAUGGCAGACAUCAGAUGCAAAGGCACUUGUGAGAGUUGCUGCUGCCUGUUUCAGGUGACAGGUGUGUCUGCCAAGGACCCCAGUGGCCUUUUUGUGCAGCCUCUAAUACUCAGCAUCAAGUGAGAAUUUCCAUAGUCAUAAAAACAUUUGAAAUUAUCUCAGUGGCUUCCAUCAGGUUUGUUUCUUUUCAGGAAAUCUAACAAACUUAAGAAUAAAAAGCUAUUUCCUGACAAAAUACUGUGGCCAUAUGCAGCUGUAAACCCCUGGUCCAGUUCCCAUCCCUUGGGAGUUUGCUUUCCAUGUGCAACUCCAGCCCCUCUUAGUGCUGAGGGUGGGUCUGUGGGAUCUUAGCAAGGCAAAAAGGCAAGAGCCAGAGCAGGACAGAGUCCCAGUGCAGCUGGAAAAAGAUAUGUUGCUUUUUCUGACAACUUGGUAAAUAGGAAAUUUUGAAAACUACUAUUUAAAAAGAACCUUUUUUUAACUCUUGGUUGCUAGCAGUGUAAAAUGUAAUUUAAAUCCAUUGCACCCUAGCAUUUUUGUUACCAGUAGCUGAGUAGGAGAUUCUUUUAGGUGUGUUUUCCCUUCUGCUCUUCCCAAUCACAGUCCUGUUGUGGUAAUUUCCUGAAGGUGUAAUCUUUGUAGCAUGAUUGUACAAACAUCCAUAUGAGAUUCCUGACUUCUUGUUCUCACUAGAGUAUGUUAAAGCAAUAGUAAUUUUACUUCUAUCCUUUUCUCCACCUGCAACUUUGCUACUAUUCUGUCCUAGAGGAAUCCCAGUAUCCUGCUAUUCAACAGACAUAUAUUGUUGACAUGGAUAACUGCAGUGUCCCUAUAUUCCUUUAUUUUUAUGGAGAAAAUAUAAAAGAGUUUGUUACAAUGAAUUUUAACACCUGAGUCAUGGAACCAUAUUGUUGAAACUCUGUAAAUUUUAAGGCAAUUUUCUGAACUCGCUUGAAAGUGGAAUGUUGCGUCCUUUUAUGCUAUUUCCUGCUUCCUAUGUAGUUUUAUUCAGAUUUUUUAACCUUCUUUCUAAGUUUCGGCCUCCUGUGUAUUAGGUACAGUAUUUUCAGCCUUUCAUACUUUGUAAUAAAAACGGAACCUUUGUAGAUUGACUGCAGUUCACUGUGUGGUGAGUGAAAACCUGGGGGGAGCAGGGAACUACAAAUGAAUUUCAUUUCUUCUGUGUGGAGUUUGUUGCUGUAAGAGGAAGCUGAUUGCU